CAGUUGUUGCGAUGGAUAUCAAAUGUAUACUCAUGUUUUAUUGUCUAACACUUCAAAACAACGAAAUAACGGGUGAUACUACAAUCAAUCUAACGAAAUAUGAUAAAGACAAACAUACGUUGGAUGCUUUGAAUAAUGCUCCUGAGCAAGUAGCUGGAUAUAUUUCGGAUGUGCACGGCAAUUAUACAUUUGACAAUCUCUACACGACUGAAGGAAUGUAUAUCCUACAAGAGAAAAAUAAAAACUGCGACAACCAAAAUCGGUUACUCAAUCAGCUAUCUGAAAGCGAUUUAGAUGAGAUCUUAAAUUUGGUAAACGUAUCUAAAGAUCAAUUCGAAGGAGAUAUUGUGCUAAAUAAGAAUCAAAAGAUUAGAAUAAUAUUGUUGUCUUUGCUUAAAGAGUCUAUCUACGAGCUAAACAUUGAAGCAAACAUUAAUGAAAACAUCACUUCAACACAACCACGUCAUGGACCAGCAACAAUGAAACCAAUUCACCAGCUACUAAAAGAAAUGGGACUCGACUCGAAGAACAAAGACGAUAAAGUUAAACAUAGAGUAAAAAGAAAGAUGGUUAGACGUGAAAAGGAUGAAAGGUGGACAUUUCCGAUCCAAUUUGCCUUCGAAGAUUUCUUCUUUUUGCCACAAACUAUCAGAAUGAGGAUUCUAGACGGCAUACGAGAAUGGGAAAAACUGACAUGUGCGUCAUUCCAAGAAGUAUGGUACAUUCCUACAUAUGCGUCCGGAAUUAGAUUUAUUACAGAUGAGAGCGUGUGUAGAUCCUUUAUUGGAAAGAAUCCCACCGGAAUAAAUGAUGUCAGGUUAUCUGCAACUCAUUGCAUGUUGCCCGGCACGAUUCAGCACGAGAUUGGACACGCAUUAGGCCUUGUACACGAACAAUCAAGGCCUGAUAGAAACUCCUACGUAUCGAUAAAUAAUGGCUCCAUUGUGGGAGGCAUGGCAUACAAUUUUCUAAGAAAAAACUGGAUUACAACGUUCACUGAUAACAUAGAAUAUGACUUCAGCUCCGUCAUGCACUACAAUAAAAGGGCCUUUAGCUUAGAUGGCGAAGAUACGAUCACAUCACGGAAUAAAAUAUACCUAAAUACAAUGGGGCAACGAGUUGGGUUGUCUUUCUCAGACGCCAUGAUAUUCAACUUUCAUUAUUGUAAUGAACGAUGCCAAGGGUUCAAAACACUCGUGUGGUCUGAGUGCCAACAUGGAGGAUACAGGGAUCCACUCAAUUGCAGUGCUUGUCGAUGUAAUGACGGAUGGACUGGGCCUUUGUGCGAUACAUUGGCCUCUUCAGAAUACGAAUGUGGUGGAGUCCUUCCUGCCAAUCAAUUUGCGACUGAGCUGUCUUUCCCGGAAGGUUAUCCACAUACACGCUACAAUCAUGAGGUAUCAUGUACCUGGCUCAUACAGGCGCCAGUUGGGCAACAUGUGAAUGCAUACUUUAUAGAUGACUUUGGCAUAGAUUUAACCAAUGGGAGCUCGAGCUGUUCAUAUCUAGAUUGGAUAGAAGUUCGAUUCUCCGACAUGGGACAAACAGGACCAAGAUUCUGCGGCUCUGUGUUGCCAGAUGUUACAUUUGUCUCAAGAGAUAAUGAGAUCAUAAUACUGUUGAGAUCCCAUGACAUCGAUUACGUUGAUGGUAUUGGUCUACGGAGAGGAUUCAAACUUGAAUAUUGCCACAACAAGAACCAGUGAGCUACCUUGUCAAUCACUUAAAUUAACAAACAUAAAGAAUCGACAGCAAAGGUGGAGAGAAGGAGUAUUUGUCCUACAAGCGAUGGAAUGGAAUUUUAAACCAGUUUAUAAGCAUUUAAUAGAAGCCGAAUUCCUUUACUUUCACUGUGGUCACUGGUUGGUUGGUUCUACUAUUGGAGAAUUAGAAGCUGGAUUGAAGGUGAAAAUUACAACAACGACACCAUCUGCCAUAACUGGCCAGUGGAUGUCUCUGAACUCGGGUCUCUGGCUUCCUGAGAAUGAAUUGUCCCUAUCGUGCAGUAGUGUCUGUGAUGGCCUUUGGGUAAGCUGGAUUUCAAGGGAUGCUUCUAACGCUCAUCUCAUUGGUGCGUAUCGUAUUGCUGGAUCUGACGACAAUGGAGUGCCGAUUUACAGAAAAGCAAACUCUGACAGCGAUAGUGUAGUCACCCUCCGUAUGAUCAAUGGCAAAAAAUGGCAACUGAGUUCAGCAUCUUCUAUUCUUGAAUCACCGUUUAUGACAAACGAAACUAACCCUGCAAAAAUUGUUCAUAAGUGGCAGGUAACCGGUGGAGGCGAAAUUAAGAUCGAAUGUUACUUUGGUCCUAUACCUUGUGAAAGGUUCCUGCUCACUGGGUUGCCUCGUCAUCAAAGGGGACUAGGAGGUAUUUAUUUUCUAAAUGGAACUCUUUCCAAUGGACGACCAGUCUAUGUUCACGAAUCCAGAAACAUGUCCUUGUUUCAUGUAGUGCUUACAGAGAAAAUAAGAUAUUGGUAUGUUACACUCUGGAAUAAGCCGGAUGACGUCUAUAUGAAAGUCCUUGACGUAGCGAUGGUGCCGGGUGAAAUAAAUGCCACUUGGGAGGUAUAUUCUGGUGAAUCUGAGCAAUUUGAGUAUGCAGAUACAGUUUCUGUAAACUGUUAUACAGUUGAUGAGAUAAACCAUUGCGAGCGGUUUUUUAUCAACGGGGUUACAAGUUACCAAAGAAAUCGACAAGGUAUUUUCUCUUUGAGUGUGCAGACUUGGAUGAAUAGACCUGUUUAUAUCCAUGAGUCGGGAAGAGAGUUUCUAUACUAUAGUGUAGAUCUCGGGGCGUGGAUUGUUGGACCAAACGUAGGCUCAGUAGUAGGAGGAAUUUUUGUGUCCGACGCAGCACUGUCGCCACGGGAUAUCGACAGUGAUGCACAAUGGCGUAUCGUGUCUGGAGGUCGGCUUGUCACUUUCUCAUUAAAGGGAGUUUGCCUGACAGUUGAUAAGAUAAACCAUUGCGAGCGGUUCUACAUCAAUGGGAUUACAAGUAUACAACUAUAUCGACGGGGCGUUUUCACUCUGAGUGCGCAGACUAUGAUGAAUAGACCCGUUUAUACCCAUGAGUCAGGAACAGGGUAUCUCUUUUAUAGUACAUAUUGGGGAGCGUGGAUUGUAGGACCAGACAUAACAUCCAGAGCAGCGGGAAUUAUUGUGAAUGACGCAGCAUUGACGCCGCGUGAUAUCAACAUUAAUACACAAUGGCGAAUCCUUUCUGGAGAUCAAUUUGUCCCAAUGUCGUUAAUAACGGGAGUUUGCUUGACAGCUAACUCCUGUAGGGAGCUGCAAGUGACCGGUUUCAACGGGGUCCGUUCCCUCGCAAACGGUCGAUACGUGAUCCGUGGAGGUCUGUUGAACCACAGGGCAUCAUAUCAGCAUACAUCGAAUAAUUAUUACAUUUACUAUUAUAUUCGCUAUCAAAUAUGGAUCAUUGGUCCUCAACUAAAUAGUGACAGAGCUAUUGCAACAUCAGGAAAUGUUGUCGUUGACGCAGAGAAGACAACUGCAUGGACCAUAUCCCUUAAUGGGCAGUGGGUGGUAGAACCGAAUAUUCGAUUGAGGUGCUCACUAUAUCCUACAAGGUCUCUUCCGUCAAGUUCUCCACCGACCACCAUAGUGAUGAAACCGAGGACUAUCUUCCCCACUACCAGACCAGAGGCAACAUCUUCUAGACCUACUAAAGCUACUACUACCUGUGCAUCAACUACAACAUCAAGACCAUCAAGGCCAACUACGCCAAUUGCAGUUGGUUUAGCCACCACUGAACCUGAUACAACAGAAGGUUCAACCACUAAAACUGACACCACAGGAGGCUUAGUAACCACUGAACUUGACACUACAGAAGGCUUAGCCACCAUUGAACCUGAUACAACAGAAGGUUCAACCACUAAAACUGACACCACGGGAGGCUUAGUAACCACUGAACUUGACACUACAGAAGGCUUAGCCACCACUGAACCUGAUACAACAGAAGGUUCAACCACUAAACCUGACACCACAGGAGGCUUAGAAACCACUGAACUUG